CCGGUUCAAAGAGACAUCUAAACUAAAGUAGAUAUGGUAAACCCCUUCACUCAAAACCCACUCUUAUGCACUUUUAACACAUUCAAAUCUGCAAAAGCAACAAUGGCUCUCUUCCAUUGCCAUGCCCCUAAUCACGCCAUUUCCACUCUCUCACUCCUCUCAACUUUCUCUUUCAAACCUCUCUGUGUUUUUCAAUCUCAUCCCUCUUUCUCCUUAACCAAUCAACACCCUUAUCCUCUCUCCACAAUCCCACACCUCAACAACAAUAGCCCUCUCUCACUCUCCACAGUGCCCAGAAAGUUGCUUUGUAAGCCACCCAAUGGGAAAUAUGUCAGAGAUGAUUAUCUUGUGAAAAAGUUGUCAGCACAGGAAAUCCAAGAGUUGGUGAAGGGAGAAAGAAAAGUGCCUCUUAUUAUUGAUUUCUAUGCAACUUGGUGUGGACCGUGCAUCUUAAUGGCUCAAGAACUUGAAAUGCUUGCAGUUGAGUACCAGAACAGUGCACUGAUUGUUAAGGUUGACACAGAUGACGAGUACGAAUUUGCUCGUGACAUGCAGGUUCGUGGGUUGCCUACCUUGUUCUUUAUUAGUCCUGAUCCAAACAAAGAUGCUAUUCGAACUGAAGGACUUAUCCCAAUACAGAUGAUGAGGGAUAUUAUUGAAAAGGAUAUGUGAAACAAUAAAGGGUAUUGAUCACUUGACAUAGUUGAAGUUCCUGGAUCCUGCAAUAUGCUGUCUGGUGUAAUGGUAGCCUAACUGGGACAGAACUGAAGUGCUAACCAAUUCAUAUGAUUUUGCCUCUUAAAGGUUUUAAAUUGUAUGAUAUUUAUGCAAGCUUUGAGCUCGACAUUUUUUGCAGUGUAUCACAUGUGAUGUCAAAUAGAAGGACAUUGUAACACAAUCAUGUACGUGCACCCCAUUCAUCAAAUAUAAAAUAUGGUUUUGAAGGGGACAAUCUGUUUGUGUUAGGUGUU